GAACGCAACAUAAUCCGAUGACCAGUGCCCUCGGCACACCAUUGCCCCCCGUCCAUCUUCCGUCCAUCUGUGGGGCUUGUCAAGGCUUUUAGUCCAGUGUUUUCCUGGUUCCCAACUAAAUGUCUGACACAAGGCCUUUAAAGUUAGAAGAGUCCGCUGUUGAUUCUCUACGACGUUGCUUUGUUGUGUGAAAUUAAAGAAUCCUUCCUCUUUGAAAGUCAUUGAGUCGAGGCCAACUUCUUGCAUCAGGUUGGAUGAAUCAGAUCAGUGCACAUAAUCGGACUACUUAAGGACAUGGAGUUGACCAUUCGUAGGUACCAGGACCCUGACAAGGAGACAGUCCUGUCCCUGUUUUCCCAAGGAAUAGAGGAACACAUCUGGCCAUGUUUUACAAAUGCUAUGAGCAGUCCGCUCUACCUGUGCUUCUCCCUGGGUCUGGGCGUCACUGGCUACCUCCUGGCCUCUGGUUUAGGAGCCCUUGUGCUUGUUUCUGGCUGGGCGGGCCUAGUCUACUACUGCUGCCACAAGUUUUUUGCUGACUUUGUCAGAGACAGCCUCAAGACGGACAUGCAGGACAUAGCGGCGAGCUUCAUGGCCCAGCCAGACGACUGCUUCUGGGUGGCAGAGACCGUUGCCACCGGGAAGGUUGUGGGUAUGGUGGCUGUGGUGGCCAAGAAGAACGGUGCAGAGAGGUACGGCGAAUUGUUCAGAAUGAUCGUCUCGUCUGCGAUACGCCGGGCGGGCCACGGAUCCAGAAUGGUUCAUACAGUCCUGGACUUCUGCAAGCAGCGUGGGAUGUCCAAGGUUACCCUGGGGACCACGUCCACACAAACGGCUGCCAUUGCCCUGUACCGGAAAAAGGGGUUUAAACAUGUCCGCUCAGAUUCUAAGGCACGCAUCGCUAAUUGGAUGAUGAAGAUAACAAGAGUUACUUUUGUAGUUAUGGAAAAAUCUAUAUAGAACCGAGAAAUAUCCAACUCUGAUCAUGUUAAAUAUUGCUUUAUGUCGUUACACAUUAACAUUACAUAAAUCUGAAUGUAUGGUUCAGUCUCAUGAACAAAACACUUGUGUAUGCAUGUAGUGUCACAGGUUUGUAUUGUCGUCAAGAGUGUAGUAAAUUUGUUUAUGAGUGGCACUUAUGAAGACAAUAUUAAAAUAGUAUUUUUGUGAAUGAA